AUGGAAGACAGCAGAAGAGUUGAGGGUCCAAGACCGUUCCGUAGCUUGGACUCGUGGUUCACACACGAAGGGUUCCUGAGGAUGGUGAAGGAAGAAUGGAGGGAACUAGGUGACGUACAAUUCCUACAGAAGAUGAAAGCACUGUCAGAACCACUACGUAGAUGGCAUAAGCAACACUUUGGGAAUAUGGCUGAGCGGAUUAAGAAGCUUGAGGAAGAAAUCAGGAAGGUAGAUGAUAUGGUUAGUAGCGGACAGUAUGAUGGUACAACAGAGGCUAGGAGGAGGGCAUUAGUGAGUUGCUGCGAAAAGUGGUAUCUAAGACAGGAGAUGCAUUGGAAGCAAAUGUCAAGAUCUCGACAUGCCAAUGAGAUUGAUCGGAACAUAAGGUACAUCCAUAAUAUAGCUUCGGCGAGAAGAAGGAAUAACAGGAUUGAGUCAUUGGUACUUAAUGGGAGGCUAGUGAGGAAUCAAGCAAGAAUCAAGAUUGUGAUUCGGGACUUUUACAAAUGUCUGUACCACCAGGAAGCGUCCCCAAUGGUGACCUUUAGGGAUGGAUUAGUUAAUCGUUUAAAAAAGGAGGAAGCGGAAACCUUAGAGGCACUACCAUCAGUAGAGGAAGUGAAGGAGGCAGUCUGGAAUUGUGAAUCUUCUAAGGCUCCAGGGAGUGACGGGUACAACAUGUAUUUUAUAAAAAAGUGUUGGCAUAAGAUUGGAACAGAAUUCACUGCAGCUGUGAUGGAUUUCUUUCAGACAGCAAGAUUACCGGUAGAAGUUAAUGUCACCUGGGUAGCGUUGGCUCUGAAAUUCAUUGGGGCUAAGGAGAUAAAAGAUCUAAGACCUAUCAGUAUGGUUGGGUGUGUCUAA